UCAUGCGUAUGGACGGCGACAAGAAAUCCAGAGCGCGCAGGACUCGGGGUUAUUUCACGUUUCUGCACGUAUCUGAUGAGUAAAUACUCCCGUUUCCAGAUUUAUGAUGGAUGAUCAUAUGCAGUGCACGAUCUGCUUGGAUCUAUUUAAAUGCCCCGUGACAAUCCCAUGCGGUCACACCUUCUGCAAGGCCUGCAUCUCCAAAUUCUGGGAUGGCAUGCACAAAGACUUCCACUGUCCUUUUUGUAAAAAUUCCUUUGACACAAGGCCUGAGCUGAAUCGCAACGUGUCUCUGUCGAUGAUAACGGAGAUGCCCGCCACACACAGUCCAGCCAAGACAGAUGUGAGUGCAGGAGCCUCCGUCCACACGGAUCCGGAGCCAGAGCAGAUCUGUGAGCGGCACCAGAAGCCUCUGGUCAUCUACUGCAGGAACGACAGCAUGUGUGUUUGUUAUGAGUGCUCUGUGAACGAGUGCAAGGGCCAUGAUAAGAUUUUGGUGGAAGAAGAACGGAAGAAUAGAGAGGCAGGAUUGAAGAAAAAGAGUGCAGAAUUCAAGAAACACCAGGAAAGCGCUGAGAGAAACCGCCUGGAGCUGAUGGAGAACAUGGAGAAAGUGAAGGUAUCACUACAGCAGACGUCUCAGUGGGUGAACACCAAGUUCUCACAGCUGAUAAAAGUGUUGGCAGAGAAACAGGAGGUGACACAGCUUUUUCUGGAGCAGCAUCAGGAAGUGACACUGUUGCAGGCUCAGGAGAGGCUGGCUGUGCUGGAGGAGAGAGCGAUGCAGCUCACAGCCCUUCAGGAGGAGAUCAGCAGCCUGUGUUCCCUCCCUCCCUGCCAGCUCAUCAAGGACUCCAGGUUCAUAAAGGUCCCACGCUUCAGUGACGUUCCUGUGGAUGUGCAUGUGAGCGUUCAGGAGAAGCUGACGCCCAUCACAGACGUCCUGUCCCGCGUGUCCAAGCUGGUGUGUGAGGAUCUGGAGAGAGCCGUACAGGUGUCCGGAGGACAGGAUAAAGAGGGCUCUCCUCAAGAUAAGAGGCCAGUUCUGGCUGUUGUUCCCAGUCCUGCAACACCAUCAUAUCCAGCAGAGAUGGAGGGACUGAACGCAUACCGUUGCAACCUGACCUUUGACCCUCGCACCGCCAAUGCUCACUUACGGCUCUCCCAGAGCAACAGGAGGGCGGAGCAUCUGACAUCGGGGCCCCGCCCCGUCCCGGCCGACGAGUCCCGCUUCGACCACACCUGGCAGGUGUUGUGUUUCCAGAGCUUCACUCACGGCCAGCACUACUGGGAGCUGGAGGUGUCCAAACCGUGGGCCUAUGUGGGCGUGACGUACCCGAACAUCCCGCGCAAGGAGAAGGGCAAGCGCUGCAUGGUGGGGAUGAACGAGCUGUCGUGGAGCCUGCAGCUGGAUGAGCGGCAGCUGAGCGCGUGGCACGCCGGCUGCAAGGAGUCCGUCGCCGGCCAGCUGCAGCCGAAUGCUCAGCCGCUGCGCAUCGGGAUGCUGCUGGACUACGAGGCCGGGACGCUGACGUACUACGCCGAGGGACAGGUCCGGCUGCACGCCUUCCACUGCGCCUUUACACAAGCACUGCUACCGGCCUGCUGGAUAGGAGAGGGCGUCACCAUUACACUCUGUGAACCGCGAGCAUGAAAAGGUUUGAUCCUGGGGAAAUAGAUGCAUCAUCCCUACUGUAGCUGAACCUGAGACGUGUGGCCUUCCUUUGCCAUCAUUUACUCCUGGUGUUUUUGAGCGGUGGUGAGAUUUGACGAGCUCAGUAUCUACUCUGGGAUGGUUCGGGUUGAUCUGUUGAUCUGAUAAUUGUGUAAGGGCUGAAACAUACUUCACGCAAGUAUGUAGACGCAGAUGCUCACACUUAAGUGAAAUAUGUAGUGAAAUAUUCAUUGCAAGUAUUUAAAAUGAAAAAUAAUGUUUUAAAAGA